AUGGCACCAAGCAAGACCGAGAUCGCACCGCUCAGGGCAGCCAAGUACCCGUUUGGCAACAUCGUGGACGCUCUUCGACAUGCUGCUGCUCAUACCGAUGAGGGCAUUAUAGUAUACCACCCAAACAGCAUCAGCACCUCAUCACCUCCACAGACAGUCUCCUACAAAGAUCUGCUGCAUCAGGCAGAGGCGAAUGCCACCAGACUGUUGCAGCAGAAGCUAUGUAGCCCCAAGUCCAUUGUCCUCGUUCACUUUGAGUCCGCACUGGACAGCAUCGUAUGGUACUGGUCUGUCCUUCUGGCUGGGGGCAUACCUGCCCUCACCGGGCCUGGGAUGUUCAGCCAGAACCCGGCAGAUAGAGAGAGGCAUCUGCGUCAUCUGUCCGAGACGCUCAAUUCACCGGUCUGUCUGACCCGGCCUGCCCUCUUGGCCCCCUUUGAAGAGCAGACAGCGGAUGACCGGAUCAAAGCUCGAACAGUGGAUGAGAUCCUCGCAGCUCCCGAAAUUGCGGACGUUGCUGACGCACCUCUGCCUGCCCUAACCCCGUCUUCGACCGAUAUGCUUGCCCUCAUGCUGACCUCCGGGAGCAGCGGCAACGCAAAAGCUGUCCCUCUGACCCAUCAACAGCUCCUUGCGGCCUUCAGGGGCAAGUCCACCGCGGCCAGCCUCCGCUUCCCCCGCAGCCCGUUCCUCUCCUGGGUGCACAUGGACCACGUCGCCAAUCUAGUCCACUGCCAUAUCUUCGCCAUCGUGUCCGGCAUAUCACAGAUUCAAGUCCCUGCUCCGGAUCUUCUCAUCAACCCGGCUCAGCUUCUUAACCUGAUAAGCAGACACCGCGUCUCGCGCACGUUCAUGCCGAACUUCCUCUGCGCCAAGUUGCGGCGACAGCUGGAGUCGGGGAGUCCAGAGUAUAUCCUGGACCCCGGCCUCAACCUUGAGACGCUCUAUAUUGAUACCGGUGGUGAGGCGAACGUCACAGAGGUUUGUAUUGCACUCCAAUCCCUCCUCAGCCGGUACGGGGCUCCCGACAACGUUUUCAAGCCCUCCUUCGGUAUGACCGAAACCGUGGCCGGAUGUAUCUUCAACUCGCACUGCCCAAGCUAUGAUCACGCCCAGCGCCAUGAGUUCGCCUGUCUCGGGAAACCGAUGCCUGGAGUGCGAAUGCGGGUGACACGGCUUGACACUCCGAGCGAAGAGGCAGCCCCCGGUGAGCGCGGCAGCCUCGAAGUAACCGGGGAAGUUGUCUUUAAAGGUUACUACAAUAAUCCUGCCGCCACAGCAGAGGCGUUCACCAGCGAUGGAUGGUUCCGGACGGGGGAUCUGGCGUUCAUUGACAGCAACGGCAAUCUGCACCUCGACGGGCGCACGAAGGAGAUGAUCAACAUCAAUGGAGUCAAAUACCUCCCGUACGAACUGGAUGCUGCUCUCGAGCAGGCGCAGAUCCCAGGCGCAACACCUAGUUACUUCUGCACGUUCAGCAGCCGCGAUGCAACCAUGGAUACCGAGGUCGUGGUUGUGCUCUACCUUCCAUCUUAUGUGGAGAGCGAUGACGAAGCCAGGUUCAGCACGCAAAGCAGCAUCAUCCGUGUCGUGGCCAUGCACACGCGGUCCCGGCCGCGCGUAGUGCCGCUGCGUCCGCAGGAUAUGCCAAAGAGCACGCUGGGAAAACUGUCGCGCGCAAAACUGAAGACGGCUCUGGAAGAAGGCCAGUUCGCUACGCAGCAGCAGAUCAACGACGAGGCUAUAAGACGCUACCAGCAAAAGACCCGUGCGAGCCCAGAGACGCCGGAUGAAGCAGUAAUUCUGGAUAUUAUCAAGGAACAGCUGGAGAUCCGGUCUGAUGAUGACAGCUUUGGCGUCAACGAUUCAAUCCUCUCAAUAGGCGCCACGUCGAUGGAUCUAGUCGCUAUCAUCCACCGCAUCAAUAAGUGCCUACAGCCUUCUCAGCCCCUCCGCCUAACAGACAUCCUCAAAGACUCGACAGCCAGGGGGCUAGCCGUCGCCCUCGCAACAGGGGCCGCGCCUCGCUCACAGGAUCAGUCUUCCACGCACGUCUACGACCCCGUCGUGACCCUGCAACCGCACGGGACCAAGAGUCCUCUAUGGCUGGUACACCCGGGCGUCGGUGAGGUCCUAGUCUUCGUGAACCUGGCCCAUCACAUUACAGACCGACCCGUUUACGCCUUCCGCGCAAAAGGCUUCAACGCGGCGGCCGGCUUGCCCGAAACCCCCUUCACCUCACUGGAGGAAUUGUUCACAACCUACCGCGACGCAAUUAAAGAACGCCAGCCCCACGGGCCCUACGCAAUAGCGGGGUACUCGUUUGGCGGGAUGGUGGCAUUUGAAGUCAGCAAGCUUCUCGAACAGGACGGCGAUGAGGUCCGCUACUGCGGGAGCUGGAAUCUUCCGCCGCAUAUCAAGUUCCGCAUGCGUGAGCUCGUCUGGGAGGAGUGCGUGAUCCAUCUAUUCUACUUCGUCGGUCUGAUGACCGAGCUGGCAGCGUAUACGCAUAAACCUACUCUGCAGGAGUUUAAUCGGGCAAACCGCCGUCUGGACGCCAUCCGGUACCUGCGCCAGCACUGCGAUGCCGCACGGUGGGACGAGCUCGGCCUUUCAGAGGAGUACUAUCUUCUCUGGUGUAUGGAUGUGUUUGUGGCGGACCCUUUGAGCCAUGUUGCAAAGGACCGAAUCGACUGGGUGGAGGGGAGGUUAAGUGCCUGGAAGGAGUUUGUGCGGGAGGACGUGCGUUUCCACGAUGUGCAAGGAGCACAUUACACCAUGUUGAAUCGGGAGUAUGUUGAGGCUUUUGCAGGGACAUUGAAGAAUGUACUGAGGGAGCGGGGCCUGUAG